AUGGAUGAUUAUUUGAGCGGCGAGGAGGACGAUUACUACUACUCUUCCGAUCAAGAGUCUCUCGACGGGCUCGAUAACGAAGAAUCCAAUUUGCAGCUUGUUUCUUCCAGAAUAAAUACUGCCAAGGUGAUUACGAAGGAAUCGCUUUUGGCGGCACAGAGGGAGGAUUUGCGAAGAGUGAUGGAAUUGUUAUCGCUAAAGGAGCACCAUGCUCGGACUCUACUUAUACAUUACCGAUGGGACGUUGAGAAGCUGUUUGCUGUUCUUGUUGAGAAAGGGAGAGAUAGCUUGUUUUCCGGUGCUGGUCUUACAGUUCUUGAACAUCACCGUCGUCGUGACUCUUCUUCUGUUUCUCAUUCUUCGAUGAUGAGUUGUGAUAUCUGUAUAGAGGAGGUACCUGGUUAUCAGAUGACAAGAAUGGACUGUGGCCAUUGCUUUUGCAAUAACUGUUGGGCAGGGCAUUUCACUGUAAAGAUAAAUGAAGGUCAGAGCAAAAGUAUUAGGUGCAUGGCUCAUAAGUGCAACGCUAUAUGCGACGAAGAUGUUGUGAGGACUCUAGUUAGUAAAAGCCAACCAGAUUUAGCUGAGAAGUUUGAUCGUUUUCUCAUCGAGUCGUACAUCGAAGAUAACAAAAUGGUGAAGUGGUGUCCAAGCGCUCCGCAUUGUGGGAACGCAAUACGUGUUGAGGAUGACGAGCUGUGUGAGGUUGAGUGCUCCUGUGGGUUUCAGUUCUGUUUCAGUUGUUCGUAUCAAGCUCACUCCCCUUGCUCUUGUUUGAUGUUGGAGCUCUGGAGGAAGAAGUGCCACGAUGAGUCCGAGACUGUUAAUUGGAUAACUGUUCACACAAAGGCGUGUCCCAAAUGUUACAAACCCGUCGAAAAGAAUGGUGGAUGCAAUCUCGUGACUUGUAUCUGUGGACAAUCUUUCUGUUGGUUGUGUGGUGAAGCUACUGGAAAAGAUCACAAUUGGUCUAGCAUCUCGGGUCAUAGUUGCGGUCGGUACCAAGAAGACAAGAAGAAACAGAUGGAGAGAGCGAAGAGAGAUCUUUACCGGUAUAUGCACUACCAUAACCGUUACAAAGCACAUAUGGAUUCCUCAAAGCUAGAGGAUAAACUUAGAGAUACUAUCCUCGAGAAGGUGACGAUUUCGGAGAAGAGGCAGUUACAGCUGAAAGACUUCAGCUGGGUUACAAACGGACUCCACCGGUUGUUUAGAUCAAGACGAGUCCUCUCAUAUUCAUACCCUUUCGCGUUUUACAUGUUCGGAGACGAGCUGUUCAAAGACGAGAUGAGCUCUGAGGAGAGAGAGAUAAAGCAAAACCUUUUCGAGGAUCAGCAGCAGCAGCUUGAAGCUAAUGUUGAGAAACUCUCAAAGUUCUUGGAAGAGCCCUUUGAGCAGUUUGAUGAUGAUAAAGUCAUGCAGAUAAGGAUUCAAGUCAUCAAUCUCUCAGUUGCGGUCGAUACACUCUGCAAGAAAAUGUUUGAAUGCAUUGAAAAUGACUUGCUGGGUUCUCUGCAGCUCGGCAUUCACAACAUUUCUCCAUACAGAUCGAAAGGGAUAGAGCGAGCUUCCGACUUUUACACCUCCCGGAGUUCCAAGGAAGCUGUUGGUGAGAUAUGUCAACCUUCGAAUUGCGGUACAAGCGGACGGAACUCUGAAGAAACAAGUUGCUCUUCCAGGAAACGUCCCCGAAAAGACGGUAGUCACAGAAAUAGCCAAACGACGUUACUUGAUUUAAACUUGCCAGCUGCAGCCAUGGAGCGGAAAUGA